AUGGCAAAACGAUGGGAAGCAGCCAAGGUGUUCUGGCCCGAGAAGUGCAUUGAAGGUCUACAGGCUCUCACCUUGCCGCCAGGAGAGUGGAUGGCGGCCAGAGCGGUGCCGUGGAACGUCUCGAAGUUGGCAUGGGGCGAGUUGUUGUUGGACCCGCCGGAUGCAGGGGGCGAUUGGCGCCGCCUGGGAGAGGCAGAGAUGUGGGUGAUGCGAUGGCCACGGUCGUGCGCCGGCCGGUCUCCGUAUUGCGUGGUGAUGCGGAACGUGCCGCCGGAGGACUUCGUGCUUGCCUGCCAUGUGGAAGAAGUUCGGGGCCGUCUGAUGGCCAAAUUCACCAAGAUGAGCGGCGAGACGCUGGGGGAGCACACCUUCGAGGAGCCACCCGUCACCGUGCGGGACGUGUUGUUGGUGGCUUCCCAGACUGCCACGGAGUCCGGCUGCCUUCAGUCAGUCAAUCAAAACGUGCGGCUGCUUUUUCCAGACCGGUGCAAGGUGGCAGACGACUCGGAGGGUGACGAGGUCUGGUCGGCGCAGCCCAAGCGCCGCAAAGUCACUACUCGGUGA